AUCUAAUUACGCCCCGCUCGCUGUCCCUCUCAGAUCUCUUCCUUGUUCUCGCCUCGUCGUCCCCAAUCGUCGCCGGGAGUCUCCCGAUCCUUCUUCCACCACCUCACCGGUGGUGUCAGGGCCGGCUCGCGGACGGUGCUUGGACUGCCCCCGUCCCGUCAUGGAUCGCGCCGAGCUCACCACCGAACAGGUUCUGAAGCGAGAUAUUCCAUGGGAGCAUUACAUGUCAACUAAGCUUAUCUCCGGAACGUGCCUUCAGCUUUUACGGCGAUAUGACCACAAACCGGAGAGCCAGCGAGCUCCUUUGCUUGAGGAGGAUGGGCCAGCAUAUAUCCGAGUUUUCCUGAAUAUCCUGCGGAGCAUCUCCAAGGAAGAGACUGUGGAAUACGUGCUUGCACUCAUUGAUGAAAUGCUUGCAACAAAUCCUAAGCGUGCAGCACUGUUUUAUGAUCAAUCUUUGUCGGGUGAAGAUAUUUAUGAACCGUUCUUAAGGUUGUUAUGGAAAGGCAACUGGUUUGUACAAGAAAAAAGUUGUAAGAUAUUGACUGUUAUAAUUAGUGCACGACCAAAGCUUCAGAAUGGCACACUUCCAAAUGGAGAUGCUUCGAAUUCGAAGAGCAAGCUUACUUCAACACACGAUGUAUUGAGAGGUUUGGUUGAUUGGCUCUGUUCACAGCUGAGGAAUCCUACACACCCGAGCUGCUCUAUUCCUACUUCUAUCCAUUGCCUCUCCACUUUGCUAAGAGAACCAUAUGUUAGGACAUUAUUUGUUCAAGCUGAUGGCAUCAAGCUGCUCAUUCCCUUAAUUUCCCCAGCUUCCACACAACAGUCAAUUCAGCUCCUUUAUGAAACUUGCCUCUGCAUCUGGCUUUUAUCCUUUUAUGAUGCUGCAGUUGAUUAUUUGUCCACCACAAGGGUUAUGCCAAGACUUGUAGAGGUUGUCAAGGGCUCUACUAAAGAGAAGGUGGUCAGAGUUGUUGUGUUGUCCUUCCGCAAUUUGCUGGCAAAGGGUGCAUUUGCUGCCCAGAUGAUCGAUCUUGGAUUGCCACAAAUGGUACAAAACUUGAAAGCUCAAGCAUGGACUGAUGAGGAUCUGUUAGAUGCUCUGAAUCAACUAGAGGUGGGACUCAAAGAAAACCUCAAGAAGUUGAGUUCCUUUGAUAAGUACAAACAGCAAGUUCUUCUUGGUCAUCUGGACUGGUCUCCAAUGCACAAAGAUCCAAGUUUCUGGCGUGAGAACAUUAACAAUUUUGAAGAAAAUGAUUUCCAGAUUCUGCGAGUUCUCAUGACAAUCAUUGACACAUCAAGUGACACCACCGCUCUUGCCGUGGCCUGCUACGACCUCUCACAAUUCCUUCAGUACCAUCCAUCUGGCCGAAUCGUGGUGGCAGACCUCAAGGCUAAGGACCGAGUCAUGAAACUCAUGAAUCAUGAGAACACUGAAGUGAGGAAAAAUGCAUUGAUCUGUGUGCAGAGGCUCUUCCUUGGCGCAAAGUAUGCCAGUUUCCUGCAGGCUUGAGAAAAGCUGAGUCUUGUAUUUAGAUCCAGAGAACCCCUGGUCAUUUUUCAGAAUGGCUGUUGAGAAAGAAAAACCUUGAAAAUUCUUGUUCAGUGUAUCCUAUUGUUAUUUGAUUUCUGAAGCCGAUGUAUAAUAAAUAAUCAGAGUCAUAGAAUGCUCGAUGUAAUAAAGUGUCCAUGGGCUUGUUGAUUCAUUUAUGUAAAUUUUGACUUGUAACAUUA